AUGGCGCCCUGUAGGAAGUUCUUCGUUGGGGGCAACUGGAAGAUGAACGGAAGGAAGAAAUGCCUAGGAGAACUCAUCUGCACCUUGAAUGCGGCCAAGUUGCCGGCAGACAUUGAAGUGGUUUGUGCCCCGCCCUCUGCUUACAUUGACUUCGCCAGGCAGAACCUAGAUCCCCAAAUCGCCGUGGCUGCACAGAAUUGCUACAAAGCACCCAAUGGAGCCUUCACUGGGGAGAUCAGCCCUGGCAUGAUCAUAGACUUAGGAGCCACAUGGGUAAUACUGGGGCACUCAGAGAGAAGGCAUAUCUUCGGGGAGUCAGAUGAGCUGAUUGGGCAGAAAGUGGCCCAUGCCCUUACAGAGGGACUUGGGGUGAUCGCCUGCAUUGGGGAGAAGUUAGACGAAAGGGAAGCUGGCGUCACAGAGGACGUUGUUUUCAAGCAAACCAAGGCCAUCGCAGCCAAUGUGAAGGACUGGAGCAAAGUCGUCCUGGCCUAUGAGCCUGUGUGGGCCAUUGGGACUGGCAAGGUGGCAACACCUCAGCAGGCCCAGGAAAUACACGAGAAGCUCCGGGGAUGGCUGCAAUGCAAUGUCUGUGAGAUGAUGGCUCAAAGCACCAGAAUCAUUUAUGGAGGUUCUGUGACGGGAGCAACCUGCAGAGAGCUAGCAAGCCAGCCUGAUGUGGACGGCUUCCUCGUGGGUGGAGCUUCGCUGAAGCCUGAAUUUGUGGACAUCAUCAAUGCCAAACAAUAAGCGCCGCCCAUCUCUUCCCGCCUACCAAGCCAGGACUAGGUUGCCCAGGAAUCCUACCAGUCACAAAUUUCUGAUAUAAU